AUGUCAAGUCCCGUUCUACCCAACAUGAACAAGCUGGCUCUCGACGCCAAAACACGCGAGCUCAAGCAACGGCUUCAAUCUAUGCAAAAGGACCGCUCUACUCGUCCUUCGCCGGCCAUCAGCGACCUUGCACCUGCCAACAGACCCUUAACCCCCACGGUCGCCCCAACACCAAAGCCCCAGCAACCCAAACCUGACUUUGUCCCUCAUACUGUUCCUCAGCUUCCUACCGAGACAUCCAUCUCAGCCGAUGAAAAUGACAUCGCCGCUUUGAUCCGCUCCUUUUCCGAUCAUGCCGAUCCCAUGCCAGGAAUUGUUUCUACAUCAGUUCCCUCUAUCAAACAGCAAAACAAAGGCUCUGUUGAGGCGCCACCAAAUCAGGCUACUCCUCCACCGGCCUCGAACCAAUUCUCCCUGCCUCCUCCUGGACUCGCAAAGGCUGCCAUCACAGCACCCUUUACUCCAGUCGAGGAGGAUGAGAUUGAGAGCGGUGCGGAAGAGCCAGUCAAGGCAGAGGCGCACGAAAGACGCCCAGAACGACCGAAGCACCAAGUCUCCCAGGGAACUGAAAGGACCCCGCGAUCAGGAGCUGGUUUGAUCCCUAACAAGAAACAUGUGUCUCAAAAAGGCCCCGGUAAGCCCCAAACGGGCACCGAGAAGGCUAUACGUACAAAUAGCAGGCCCGAAAUCCAAAGUGUUCAAGCCAGGGUUGAGCCUACCGCUACCUCCUUGACUCCUGAAAAGGCGCUCGAGCGAGCCCUGGAGCUCAACCCGGACCUACGGGAAUGGCUGGCUCAUACUGAUUACCACAACGUGGAAACACGUACCAAGAAGCUCGAACGGUAUCGUAAGCUGAAAGCUCUGGCCGCAGAGAAAGAACGAAUUGAAGCCGAGCAUGCUGCUCAAAAUGCCAGGCUAGAGGCCGAGCGGCGCAAGUUGCUGGAGGAAGAGGGAUUGGACUUUGGCCUCGUCGCAACACCGCUAGUCGAGACUGCCCCGGCAACCACUAACAAACUAACCGAAGCUCCCAAGGCCGCAGUGCCCAAAAGGGAACGCGAGAAGUCCGUGGAAAAGGCCGAUCAUCCUCCGGAGAAGAAGCUUCGGCCCGACGAGAAUGGAUUCUGGCCGAUGGAGAUCGACAACGAGUACAACGACCGUCAUCGGGAACGUGGCCGGCCCGACGAGAAUGGAUUCCGGCCGAUGGAGAUCGACAACGAGUACAACGACCGUCAUCGGGAACGUGGCCGACCCGAAUAUCCUACCAAACGUGCUCCAUCAUGGUCUCCCCGUCGUUACCGCGCUCCGUCACCUCGUCGUGACCACUGCCUAAGCCGUCCCUCCUCUCGUGACCGCGAUUAUCAGCCCUCUCGGUUUUCUCCUCGGCCUCGGUCCCGCGAUCGUUCCGAUUUCAACAAGUACGAUGGACGCUCUGUCCAUAAAUAUGACAACCGGAGUUAUCGUGGUGAUGAUAAAGGAUUCUUUGACGAUCACCGUGGAGAAAAGGCUCCCCGAGCCCAGUCACCCCGGCGAUCUAGGGAGUUGGAGCAUGUUGAGCACUUCAAUACGGGCGAAAAGGGCGACACUCGAUUCUUCGUACUCAAGUCCUUCAACAACGAGAACUUGGAAAAGGCCAUGGAGGACGGGAUUUGGGUCACCCAAACGUCCAACGAAGAAAAGUUCACCAAGGCCUUCGAAACAUGCAGAAACGUCAUCUUUUUCUUCUCUGUGAACAAGAGCAAGGCUUUCCAGGGCGUUGCAUUGAUGACCAGUCUACCUUCGGCCGACAUCAGCAAAGCAUCCUGGAUGAAGAACAUUCACUGGCAGACCUCUCCACCUUUCCGUCUCAAAUGGCUUACCAAAGUUGCCGUGCCCUUUUCUCGCAUUGGAUACUUGAAGAACUCGCUCAACGAGAAUCUCUCCGUGCUGAUCGCCAAGGACGGCCAGGAAGUCGAGGAGGAGUGCGGCCGCCUCUUGAUGAGAGAGAUGGAGUUGUAUGCCAUGUUCGGAUCAAACAAAACAACAUAUUUUCCAGGAAUUCGUCACCACAAACUACAUGAACUGAAGGCCCGCCGAGAAAUCGAUUCAAGUUCGGGCUUCAACCCUGCCUCGUGGUGGAACAACAAGAAGAAGCCGCAUCACAACAACAACAACAACAAUCACUGGAAUAAUCAAAACGAUAACAAGCGUGUGGAGGAUUACCACGAGAGGUCGUCUGCGCGUUAG